GUUUGUUUCAGCAGCUGUGUUCAUUAGUAUAUGAUCAAAAAGAUUUGAAUUUGCUUGCUGUAUAAUAGUUUACUUGCAACAUGACGCAGUCUAUCAUGGUGCAAGUUGGACAAUGUGGAAAUCAAAUUGGAUGUCGAUUCUGGGAUUUAUGUCUUCGAGAGCAUUCAUUCCAUGACCAGAAAGGAAUUUAUAAUGAUUCUGUAUCAAGUUUCUUUCGGAAUACUGACUCUCGUUUUGACUCUGGGGCUGAUAUACCAGUGGGUCAAGGAAAAUCAAAAAUAAGCAAUUUGAAAGCUCGUGCUAUACUCGUGGAUAUGGAGGAAGGAGUUAUAAAUGAAAUGCUUCAAACUAGAUUAGGUUCAAUAUUUGAUCACAAGCAAUUAAUAACAGAUGUAUCUGGAUCUGGAAAUAAUUGGGCAGUUGGGAAUAAAGAGUAUGGUACUCUUUAUAAAGACCAAAUUAUUGAACAAGUUCGUAAAGCUGCAGAAGCAUGUGAUUGUUUGCAAUGUUUCUUUAUUGUUCACUCAAUGGGAGGGGGAACUGGUUCAGGUCUUGGGACGGCAAUUCUUGCUCUCUUGAAAGAUGAAUAUCCUGAAGUUUAUCGAUUUGUCACAGCUGUUUAUCCAUCACAGGAUGAUGAUGUUAUUACAUCUCCUUAUAAUUCUGUUUUAGCUAUGAGACAGUUGACUGAAUAUGCUGACUGUGUGUUACCCAUAGAUAACCAAUCAUUGGUAAACAUUUAUGAUAAAGUUAGUCAAGCUCAAUCAACAAAUAAAUUCAGUUCUGAUCGGUCUGUUAAGGUGGAUUCACUUGUAACAUCUAAUAAAGGAUGUUUAGAGCAAAAAAAAGAAAAACCCUUCGACAGUAUGAAUAACAUUGUUGCCAAUACUAUUCUUAACAUGACUAGUUCGUCAAGAUUUGAAGGAUCUCUGAAUGUUGAUCUGAAUGAAAUUGCUAUGAAUUUAGUUCCGUUUCCGAAAAUGCAUUAUUUAAUAUCUAGCGUUGCGCCACUUUAUAUUUCUAAAGAUGUCGGUUUGCCACCAAGGCGUCUCGAUCAAGCAUUUGGAGAUUUAUUUACCAAAGAUCAUCAACUGGUAACAGCAGAUCCCGCUCGUAGUUUAUAUCUGGCUUGUGCUCUUAUGGUACGAGGUUCAGAUGUGAGUGUGUCGGAUUUGCGCCGUAAUAUAGAUAAAUUGAAAGCCAACUUAAAUUUUGUGCCUUGGAAUAUGGAAGGUUGGAAAACAGGACUGUGUAACUUCCCGCCGGUUGGCCAACCUUAUUCAUUACUUUGUUUAUCAAAUAAUACAUGCGUUCAACAUGCAUUUAGAAAUCUUCGAGAAAGGUUUUCCAAGUUAUAUAAACGGAAAGCUCAUGUUCAUCAUUAUGAAAGAGUUGAUGGUUUCGAUCUCUCACUUUUCGAUGAAGGUCGAGAAUCAUUGAAUUCUGUCAUUGCAGAAUAUCAAGAAAUGGAAAAUAUAGUGUUCAAAUCGCAAGAUGGUGUUUCCAAUGUGCCUCGAUUGAAAUUACUGUAGAUCAAAUUUUGUUAGUCACAAUUGACUCGGAAAUAUGCAACAUUUAAUUGAUAGCCUACUGGGAGAAAAUUAAGAAAAAUAUUUGUGUUUUUGUCCUUCUACUGGCAAGCGUUUUACUUUUGUUGUAAAGCUAAAGAAAAUAUUGAUUGCCUGAAAUAGAAAUUUUCCCUUUUUUCUUUUUCAACUAUGUAAUCACCUAACCUUCAUAUAAUAUUUUUUUUGCAUUUUGUGAUUGUGAAUAUUCAUUUUUUAUCCAAGUGCCUUUACUAUGAAAUGUUACCACUGUCUAGGUCUAAUUUUUCGAACCACUGGAUUUUGUAUUUUACCUUUUUUCCUAUAUUUGUAAACUAUUCAAAAUUCUUAAUAGUGAAAUAAAGGUUCCUUCAUUUUUUCA